GAGAUACAAGGAAGAGGACUGAAGACGAUGCAGGAGACUGAAACAAGAGUUUGGGAACCUCUGCUAUCGUAUACGAUGCCUCUCGUUCCCCCGUGUGAUCACGCUCCUGAGUGUGCGUGGCCGCGGUGCGCGACGGUUCUUUGACUCGGUGCCGGGAGUCAGUCAACCCGGUGACGGCUUCCAGGCUGCGUGCUGGUCUCUGCCAAGCGUGGUCCUCGGUGCUCGGAGCCAAGGUGGCGAACGCGGGUCCGCGUGUGCGUACGUGCGUACGAGAUCGGCAAGUCGGGUAACGUGCGCGGGAUUUAUCGAGGAUCAACGAACGACGAUUCGUCGGCGAUCUCAAAGCCGAGAUCGUUGCACGUGGGAAAACCCGACGUCGGAGGGAACUUUCGGGCGCCUGCUCUGAAAAUGCGAAAAGCCCGCGAUGCGCGCGGUCGACAGGUGACACGUUCACGCUGAAGACGCGAAAGAGUUAGCGUCCCCCAGUACUCGCAGUGUGACGAGACGAGUGCGUCGUCCCGCUUCCUUCGAAACGCGAUGCAUCGUCAACGAGCGUGACGGUAAGCGGAUCGAGGGAUUUUUCGGCGCGAUCGAUACGCGGUCGGACCGUCGCGCGUGAGCCGAUUGUGGGAUUCAUUGUGGGAUCCGCUUGUGGCAACGAGAACGAUGAAACCAGGAAGCGCGGGUGUGAUCUCGAGGUCGAUCUAGCCGUAUAAGCGAUAGAUCAACCUUCUUUCCCGGCGUCCCACGCGCGUGCUUUGAAAUCUCUCUCAUCUCUUUCACAUCGAUCGCAAGCAGAGGCCUGCUUAUGAUUUAUGUUCCGCAACGACUGUUUUAGAGAGAAUCUAUAGGAUCGCUCCGUCUCAUUGGAUUCGACCGGAUCUUCGGCUUCGGAGGCAACGCGCUUUCCCGAUAGAAGAAAUCAUCCUGUGAGUGUCAUCCUGCACGACGAGUCGAAGUAGUCGCACCGUUCGCAAGAAAGCGCACCUUGACGAAUCUCUCGAGUACCUCCGCUCUUUCUGCGUUCUACCGCAUUCUAAACGCGAAGUGCGUUCGAUCUCGGCGCGAUCGGCGAUUGGUGAUCGGUGAAAGGAGAUCAACGCGGGGACCUUCGGCGCCGCAUCCGCCACCGUCGCCAUCCGCCAUCCUGACGGAAUCCUGCAGACCCAGCGAACGCAGAGGCGGUCCGAGCUGCCGCGGCUCGAGAGGAUCCACGAGGAAUUCCCCACGGACACCAGGACGAUCGCCAGACGACGUACCGCCGCAUCCGCGAUGGAGGACGAGCUGCGGUGCCCCUGCUGCAAGGAGCUGUUUGUGGAACCGGUGCUGUUACCCUGCUGGCACGCGCUGUGCCUGGCCUGCGCGGUAAAUCUGCAGGCGCCGCCGGACUCUCCGCCGGAAUCCACCGCCGACUCGUCCAACGCGCCCGGCUCCGAUCAAGAGGCCGACAAGCUGUCGAUCCUGUCGGAGACCGACUCCGGGGUGGUUUGCAGCAGCACGUCCACCAGCUCCCGGCCGGGCAGCUACGUCGGCACCCCGGGGAACGGCGGCUUCCCGCCGUCCGGCGGUACCCUCUGCCUCUCGUGCCCGGUUUGCCAGAAGACCGUCUACUUCGACGAGGGCGGCGCUCACAAUCUGCCCAAAUACCGCGCGAUGCAGCACAUCGUCGAGAAGUACCAGGAGUCGCGGAACUCACGGCUGCAGUGCCAGAUGUGCGAGGGGGAGCCGCGCGAUGCAACGGUCGCGUGCGAACAGUGCGAGGUUUUAUACUGCGAUGCCUGCAGGGAGUCCUGCCAUCCGAAAAGGGGCCCAUUGGCGGCUCAUAACCUGGGACCACCGAGAGGCAGCUGGCAAUUAAGUGGGAAUAAGGGUUCCCGACCCGAGGGCACACCGAUCUGCAAUGACCAUAAUGGCGAAGCGGUAACCCUCUACUGUGCCCUCUGCAAAAUCGCGAUAUGCGCCCUGUGUCUUCGUGAUCGUCACGCUGCGCAUCCUCACGACGUUCUACCCUUGGCCGCUGCUUGCAAAGCACAAAAGACGGAGCUGUCGCAGAAUCUGCAGCAGCUGUCGGAGAGGGCUCGCUCGACGACGGAAUUCAUUCAAAGGCUCAAAGGAAUGACGGAUAAAGUACAUGAGGAAUGCGUGGCGCUCGAGGAGGAGGUCGAGGAUCGAGUGGCAAACUUGGUGAGUCUUCUGCAGGCGAGGAAGUCACGGUUGAUCGAAGCCGCCCGACAGACCAGAGAGGCGAGAGUGCGCUCGUUGCGAGACCAGGUGGCGAGAUGCGCCACGCAUCUGCAGAUGACCACGGCACUGCUUACCUUUUGCAUCGAGGCCCUGAAGGAGACCGACAGCGCGGCCUUCUUACAAAUCGGCGGCAUGCUGUCGGUCCGAGCGGCGACCGCCGCCGGCUCUUGGGGCGGCGCCGAGGGUGUACAGGAGAUUGCUCGUCUGCCGCUGCUCGAUCUCACCCUGGACGACAAACCGUUGCGCCGUGCCAUCGAUCAGCUCACCUUCGUCCAGCUCAAACCGUCGGAGGGGGAAGAACGAUUUCCUACAGCAGCACCCGGAGCGCCUCUGCUGAUCCCCGAAGAGUGUAGCGCCGAGAACAACAGCGUCACCGUUGCCUGGCAGCCGCCACCUGGCCACGGAAUUAUGGGCUGCGCCGGACAGAGGGGUCCCGCCAUCGAGGGAUACCUCUUGGAGCUGGACGACGGCUGCGGCGGGGAGUUCAGGGAGGUGUACUGUGGCCGUGAGACCAUUUGCACGGUAGAUGGGCUGCACUUCAACUCGCUCUACAACGCCAGGGUGCGGGCCUUUAACAGCGCCGGUGAGGGCGAGUACUCGGAGUUGAUCGGCCUUCAGACCGCCGAGGUGGCGUGGUUUUCGUGGGCUACCGGCGCGGCUGGCAUACCGCAGGAGGUGUCCAUAUCCGAGGACGCGAUGAGCGCGUCCUGCGAGGGUUACGAGCACCGUGUGGUCCUCUCGAGCGUCGGCUUUUCGCGGGGUGUGCACUACUGGGAGCUGACCAUAGAUCGAUACCACAGUGACACCGAUCCAGCCUUCGGUAUCGCCCGGGCCGAUGUAUCGCGCGAUCAGAUGCUGGGUAAAGACGACAAGGGCUGGAGCAUGUACAUAGACCGGCAGCGGUCGUGGUUCAUGCACGGUGGUGGUCAUGCACAGCGCACGGAGGGUGGCGUCCAGCAAGGCUCGACCGUCGGCGUCCUCCUCGAUCUCGACACCACGCACACGCUACGCUUCUUCGUCAACGAUCAGCCGCAGGGCGGUAUCGCCUUCCGUGAUCUCUACGGCGUUUUUUAUCCGGCGAUCAGCCUGAAUCGCGGCGUAACCGUGACUCUUCACACCGCCCUGGACGUGCCGCGUCAUCUCCUCGCACUUCACGAGGAGUACGUAAGCGACAUGGUUCAGAGCUAGGGGUACCUUAACGUCCUCAAGAAAGGUCUGCUCGAGAUCGGCUCGCCUUUAGGCCCGACGAUAUACGCCGCGGACAGGUGCAGAGACUUUGAGUCGGGCCAGCUGCUGGAGAAGAUCAUCGAGGAGAGCCCGGUCGACGUUAAUUAAUUGAUAGAUUCUUUGAAUAUCAUUUAAAGCGAUCGACCGUUAGUUCGUUUUCUGUAAUACCGCUUGGCACGAAGCGUUACGAAAUGGCGUCUGACACCGCUCCGAAAUGUUAUAAUGUUAAUGAAGAUACUUUUGCUCUUCUGCUAUGCAGCUAAGUGUAAAUGGUUUGAUCUCCUCAGGAAUUUUAGGGACGCAAUUUUUUUUCCAGUAUCUCGCUCCGUAUUUAGAAGUGUAUAUUUUUACGAAGCAUUUUCCACGCGAUUAUGUCACGCAUUUUAUGUUAUAAAUCUGAUUUACUAUAAAUAAGAACGCAAUCUUUUUUUAUUUAGAAUUAAGAAAUGUAUUGUCCCUGGGGAUGUUAAUCUGGGAAAAAUGCGCCUCGCGCUAGUUGUCUGGAUAUAAGCGGGCUCCGCGAGGAAUAACGAUUCAACAGGUCCAAAAACUUUGGCGAGAAGAUUUCUGAGGGAGGCGCUAACCGUUGACCCUUUUGGAUUCGCCUUGUUUGAGAAACUGAAACUUAGAAUCCAGACUCCGUAGAUGGGAAAUCGGGAUUUAUACUUUCCUAUCUCAUUCACAUGAUCGAUGAUCAUAUUAAACGAAACCUAUAAUAUUAAUCGAAGCGCCGUACGUUUCGAAAUAUAAGACGCAGCGUAAAAUCACUCGAAGAGUGAAAAGUCACUUUAUUCCGGAGAAUUUAACGAGACUGACAUUCACGCACACGUCACACGAUCCAUAAAUAAUACGUCCAGUUAGGAGGCCGCAGGAAAGCUAAGAUAAAGCUCCCUCCGCUAAAAGAUCAGUCCAUUUUCUAUUUAUAUCAUACUUCACAAAAGCGGAGCGAAGAAAGUAUUUUUUUCUACGCGCUUUUCCUAAAUUCAUUUCUUCAAGUAUCGUCCUCGAAGGAGACCUGAUGCACUUCUGAGAAUUGGUGCUUUCGACCUGCGGUCAAUUAACUCGAAUUCCCUGUCCAGCUAUGAUCUAGAAAGAGACGUAGAGAAAUUACCGGGAACACUUAACCGAAGGUGGAACGAUCGGCCCUCGGAGGCAAGGAGACGUCCAUUAGCAAAUAGCCAAGUAUCGUUGCCGACAAACUUUGUUGAGGCUCGUAUUCGAGUAGAAACGAUCAAUCGGUCGGUUCGAGAGCUUCAAAUAAGAAGAAGUCUCUUACGGAAUUCAUCGCUCGACGGAGAGAGAAGGACGAGCGAGAGAAAUAGUCUUGCUCGUCGGCAACCUUUCUCGAUAUUCUCGACGGAACGGUGGUUCUCGGUAACUUUUUACUCCGGGGAGAAUAGAAUCGAAUCGGGGUGCGCGAAGGACACCUCGAGGAUCGACAUAAGGCAUCGAGGAUCUCGAGUAGCCUUUCUCGCAGCGUGCUCCGGGCUAGCUAGUAAAGAAAGUCGACGAUCAGUCCCACCGGGCGGCAGUUCGCCGCAGUUUUUGUCGCUCGCGUAAUUAACUCUUUCACCGCACCUGCUGCCGUACAGCACGCGUCCGUCUUCGACGAUUAAAGAUCGCAACGUAACUUUGUUCACUACGCGAACAAAGGCAAGACGUUGGAAAUUUUUGAGAAUUUUUACGAUAUUUUAUUAAGUAACAUCUUCUUAUUAUAAAUCUUUGCGAAAGAAGAAUAAUAUGUUGUUUUGAGAAGCAUAUUUUUCCAUGAUAAAUCCCUAAAAAAAGACACUUGUACAACUUGACGUCCGUGAUUAUUUAUCUCUCGGAAAAUAAAUGAAGUGCAUUUUUAAUAUCUAAUUGAAAUGAUCGAUGAAUAUAUUUAACUCUUUUAAUUCGCCGCUGAUACGGUUAAUGACCGUGCGAAAUCGCGAGCUUCCGAUCGAACGCUGACAAGGCGCGAUCGACUACGAGGAGACUAGGAGGAUCGACCACGGUAAAGGCCGAUAAUUAUCCUACAGGACGAGGAAAUCGAAACUCUCUACUCGCUGGAACACGCUGACUGGGCGGAUUCUUCGUCCUGCUCGCGCGAUCGACGGAUCGCUCGAUCGUCCACUCAUUAUCCAUAUCGACACACGUAUAAGUGUAACCGCGUCGUAGGCGUUAAGCUCCAUUAAAGCGUAUAGACAGAUAAGGUAUAAAACAAUGUUGCCGCGGCUUUAGUGUACAAUAAUGAAUCGAGUAUACGUUUUCUAGUCCUCGAUAGAGACCCAAUCGACACGUCCUUUCCUUCGUUCACUCAUUCUCAUUCCCCCGUCGUUUCUUUUCCUUCCCUUCUUCGCAUCCGCGUCCAAUCCCGCUGGUUCUUUUUUACGACUUUGUAUCUUGACGGUCACGAAUACACAGGACAUUUAGUCCUCGCGCUCGAUUUUGCCGUUAUAUUCCGACCGAUGUAACGACAACCCGGAAGCGCGUUAUUCUGCGCCGGACAUAUCGUGUCGUCGUUGCGAGCGCGCGCGCGCGCCUUUCGGCGCCAUGUACAUAGGUGUAUAUAUACAUAUAACUAUAUCGAUUGUAUCGCCGAUGAAUUUGCCGAUUGUACUAUUUACGACUGUAUCGGAUCAAUAAAACGCAACGAAAAACGCCUGC